ACAAUGCUGCCUCAUCAGGUUCCACUACAGUGUUAAGAUACAUCAUAUCUCAGUAUAAUCUUGACGCUAACUUGCCUGAUCAUAUUGGUCGAACACCAUUAAUGCACUCUUGCUCAUCAGGUAGCAUUAAUGCUGUUGAAUAUCUCAUUAAUUGUCAUAACAGUGAUCCUAAUAUCACUGAUCUCGAUGGUAUGACAUGUCUUCAUCAUUCUUGUCGUAAUGGUCAUAUUGACUUCACUCAAUAUCUCAUUGAGGUACAGCAUUGUGAUGUUAAUAAAACAGAUGAUGAAGGACGCACAUUAGUACAUCAUGCUGCAAGUAGUGGUAAUUUUAAUUUAGUUCAGUAUCUUAUUACUGAACAAGGUUUGUCUCCUACUGCAGCUGAUAAGAAUGGCCUCACUGCUUUACAUUAUGCUUCCCGUACUCUCAAUUUGCACCUUGUUCAAAAAUUAGUAGUUACCCAUCAGCUUAAACCUCAUCAAGCUGACAGCAAUGGUAAACUACCAAUUCAUUAUGCUGCUCAAUCUGGUGCUAUUUUUAUACUUGAUUAUUUUGCCAAGUCUUGCAAGUGUAAUCUUAAUCAAGCAGAUGGUGAUGGUCAGAAUAUUUUUCAUUAUUCAUCUAGAAAUGGCAGCUCAAAUUUUAUUAAGCAUAUCAUCAGCCAGUAUCCUAAAUGCAAUAAGUUGCUACAUGCUGCUGACAGUAUGGGUAAUCUACCAUUACAUGUUGCUUGCCAGAGUGGUAAUGCCCAAUUAGUCACGUUUCUAAUAGAUGAUAUAAAGUGUGAUGUCACAGCUACCAAUAGGCACAGUAAGACUUGUGUCUCUUUUGCCUGUUCUUCAAAUAAUCUUAAUCUAGUCCAGCUACUUAUACAACAAUACAAGCUUAAUCCUUUUGCUGGUAGUAACUAUGAAUUUACAAAGUUACUGCAUGAAGCAGUAGAAAAUGAUUGCGUAGAUAUACUGGAAUGGUGCAAGCCGUAUGGUGUAGAUAUUGCUAACUAUAGUAGCAGAAACUCACACACAUUAGCUCAUUUAGCUGCUUAUAAUGGUGCAUUAAAAUUUCUGAAGUAUCUGAUCAAUGAGUAUCAGUGUGAUGUUAAUGCCACUGCUACUGAUGGUAGUACAAGUCUUCAUUUUGCAUGUCAACGUGGUCAUCUCUCAGCCAUUCUUUAUCUCACUACUCUCCCUCAGUGUAAUGUAGCAGCUACCACUUUAGAUGGAUCUACAGUGCUUCACAAAGCCAGCAUGUGCAGUCAAUCUUUUCUAAUACUCAAGCACCUGGUUGAGAAUCAUCAGUUAGAUCUGUGUGGUGUGAAUGAUGAUGGAAUGGCUCCUAUUCACAUAGCAUGUAGUAAGGGAAAGUUAGACUCUGUCCAGUACAUUAUAGAGCAUUCACCAUCACUGCUUGAACUGCCUGAAAGUGUUCACGGUCACACUCCAUUCCUUAUUUCAGUAAUGUACAAUCAGCUAGAAGUGGCUCAGUAUCUUAUUGGUAAAAAUUGCAAUCUAUCUGCUUCUGACGAUGAAGGCUUCAAGUCAGCUCAUGUAUCAGCAAACAACGGUCGUUUGAAUGUGUUAAAGUAUCUUGUUGAUAAUAAUUAUUGUGACCUCAAUGCAACCAAUCAUCAAGGGCAUACACCACUUCACAUUGCUAUACUGGCCAAUCGAUUUAAAAUAAUUGAAUAUAUACUGAACAAGUCAACUCCUACAGUGACUGUCAACUGGCUUCGUGAAGUCAAAUAUUCAUUAGACAUUCCUCAAGACUUGCACACUACUAACCUCCACAUUAAUGCACAAGACCAAGAUGGUAAUACUCCUCUUCAUCUUGCUUGUCAAAAAGGAAAAAAGAAUGUUGUGUCACUGUUAGUAAAAUCUUGCCACUCCAGCAGUUAUUUUUUAAUUGCUAACAAAAAAGGAGAGACACCAUUACACUUGGUAGCUGCUGUUGGUAGUAAUGGUGCUGCAAAAGCUUUGCUUGUUUCAGUCACUCGAUCUCUAUGUAGUGAGCUCUUUACUGCUCGUGAUAAUGAAGGAUGCACUGUGUUUCAUACAGCUUGUAGUAAUGGUCAUCUUGAUGUCUUUCGAUUUUUUUGCAAUAUUUAUCCUGAUGGUGUUCAUGUGAUAGAUGAUAAACAACGUGGUUUACUUUAUGCAGCGUGUAAAGGUAGGGAUAUUGAUAUAGUAAAGGAUCUCAUUAAGAAGUAUAAGCUAGAUCCUGAAUCUAAAGACAUAGAUGGUACUUCAUGCCUGCACUUGCUAGCUGGAAGAGGCCAUGUUGAAAUGUAUCGAUAUUUGAAGCAUUGCAUUCACUCUACUGCAAUCCCUUAUGACAAGAUUGGUCGUACUCCACUUCAUUAUGCUUGCAGUUCUGGUAGGAUGAAUAUGGCAAUUUAUCUCAUAGAAACUUACUCCUGUUCUCCUGAUGAUCCUGAUUAUAAUGGCUAUACAGCAGUUCAUGCAGCAUGUGAAUCUGGUAGCAUCGAGUUAGUUCGCUAUUUCUUAACAAAUCUCAAAUGUAAUGCAUACACUGAAACAAAAGAGCUACAAACUCUUCUUUAUUUUGCUAGUAAGAGCUCUAAUUUAGAGCUUGUUCGGUAUCUGUUUGACGUCAUCAAGAUAAAACCUUGUCCACAUGACAUUAAAGUAGCUCAGUCAAUUAAUCCUGAUUCAUCAGUAGUGAAGUAUCUUCAGAAAGUUCAUGACAAGCUUCUGGUAGAGGAAGAGAGUAGGAAAACAAAGGAGGUGGAUGUCACAAAAAGCUGGUGGAGCUCUCUAAAGACCAUGGCACAGAAUAUUAGCAAAUAGAACAUUAAUGAUUUAUUUUUAUAAUAUAAAGCAAUAUAACAUUGCAUUGCAUGAUUUGCUUUUAAAUUACAUUAUUAAUAUGUUUUCAUGUUAAUGAAUUACAUUACAUUAAUUUUGCUUUAAACUUUAAUGCUAUAAUAAAAUCAGUGAAAUAAAAAACUAUACUAACACAAAAACUGCUGUUCAUUCCCUUGACUUCUUCCAUAAGUAUAUUCCAAUAAUUA